AUGAGCUCGAGGCUGCUAGCGCCACGGCUUCUGCUUUCAGCGCUCUGCAGCAUCACAGCCUGCCCAGACAUCAACAAUGCCCCUCACAACCUCUGGUGAUCCGCCACAGGGCUUCUCGUCUCUGCGCGCCGCUUUAGAUGCUCCGGUGGACACACACGUGGAUCUCAUUGGUGUGGUCGAGCACUUUUUCCCCGCCGCCCCGACUAAAGGCACUGAUUGGCAGCUCACCUUCAAUCUUCAAGAUGAAUCUCUUACCCAUACCCUCGGUACCGGCGACGUGCUCAAAGUCAAGAUGUUCGCCAAGCACGAAAACCUGCCAAAAGUCGAGGCCGUAGGCGAUGUCGUUAUCGUGAAGAAAGCAAAGAUACGCUUGUUUUACAACAUGAAACUGGCCCUAUCAGUGACUUACGGCGGCACCAAAUGCAUAGUUAUUCCUCACCAAUCCGUACCUGACCCGCAUUUCAACCUGGCAUACGUCGAUGGCCGGCAACAACUGCCACAUUUUUCGUAUCCACCGGGUCAAGUUCUCACGCCUCCUGCACAGAUCUAUUCUAUCUCACUACAUCAUGCCUUGUGUGCCAAAGCCGAUUCGUCUCUGCUGGUGGCACCGUCAGCGCCCAGAGCCGAGAUGCCAGCAACGCCAUCGGCAUCCAGAUCCAUGCUUGAAACAUCCACGCAAUCAGUUUCCAGGCCCAAGAUUGGAGCAUCUACGCAACCAGCGUCCAGCUCUAUGCUUGUAGCAUCCACGCAAUCGCAAAAGUUCUCACUAAUCAAAGACAUUGGUCCUCAAAGGUUCAGCGAUCUAGCUGUCGAAGUAUUAAGAACAUAUUACCACCCUGGAGGCCAGUGCGAAGUAUACGUCACCGAUUACACCGAGAACAAUCUUCUCUACCUUUACAAUCAACCCAUGGAAGGGGAGGAUUUUGACGACGGCCCAGACGGUGAUACUAUGAAUUACCUCGGUGAUCGGCGUCGGAAAUGGCCAGGACCUUACGGACAACUUACGUUGCAAGUGACGUUGUGGGAACCUCAUGGCAGCUUUGCCAGGCAUCACAUUCGUGAAGGCCACUAUGUCUUCCUGCGGAAUGUUCAUAUUAAAUACGACCGCAGCGCUACGCACAUCGAAGGUGCGCUCCACGAUGACCGCAAGUAUCCAGGGCGUAUAGACAUCAAUAAACUACGUCCCCAUGAUUCGCUUGCACGAGAGCUGGAGUCACGCAAGCAAGCUUACCUCACACGAAUUGAAACCCAGAAUGCAAAGAAAGGUAAGAAUGAGAAGAAUGAGAAGAGGAGGAAGAGGAAAGAGGCCAAGAUGCUCAAAGAGCAGAAGUCAAUGGAGAAUUCUGGCGCAACCUCAUCAAAGCCAGUUGGAAAACCUUCAAACUCCCACGUGAGAUGCCAAUAUGGCGACAUAUCCGUUACAUCAAUCGCCAAAAUCCUCGAUGACGACCACCGCAAAUACACGCAUAAGGGGACGAAAUACGUGCUCCCUUUCAUCAAUGCCAGCUACCGCGCAAACCUACGUGUGGUAGACUACUAUCCGCACAACUUGGAAGACUUCGCUCAUCCCCUCUUCGACGACACAUACAACAACGUGGAGCCUGAAGUCACCGAUGACUCGCCAGUCGAAAUGUUCUCGCAGAGCCCGCCGCUAUGGGAAUGGGCCUUCUACCUGCUGGUCGAAGACGCGCGGCAGCCACCCGGCGCCACCAGCCCCACUAGGAUGCGCCUUCUCGUCGCUGACAAAGAUGCUGAGCAUCUCCUCAAGCUUGACGCCAAAGACCUCCGUCAAGACAGGGACACUCUCUCCGAAUUGCGCGAAAAACUCUUCAUCAUGUGGGGCAAUCUCGAAGAGCUGAAAUCUGCACACGAGUACACUCUUGAUUCCACGGCGCCGGCGCCCAAGCCUCUCUCAAACAGCCCGUUUGAGUGCUGCGUCCAUGAGUAUGGCGUCGAGGCCCCGGAUGGCGAUGAUAGAGAUCCUAUCGCCCGCUGGAAGCGCGUUUUCAGCAUGUUUGGCACGACGAUUAUGUGACGUGCUUGCUCAAAAUCGAGAGAUUGCCUACCUGUGCGCGCACAGCGAUUCGUUAGUUGACGGGAAUGCUGUUGGGUAGGUAUAGGUAGGACGAGGCCCGGCCUGCUGGCACAGCUGGCUUUGUUGUUUGCUGAUUGAACGAUGGUAAGUUACGUGGCUGGACAGCGCGGCGUUGACAUUGUCUAUGAACGAACAUAGAGCUGGCAGUAGGAUGCAGUGGCGAUGGUUUUCGCAACGGCUUUUGCGGCUUGACAGCGUUUGCCGCCGAGGUCAAGCGGGGACGCGCGUAUUUAUGGCAGUGUUUAUGCAGAGGUCCUAUUCCUAGCAUAGCCAUGGCCGUAGUUAUUAUUGAUGACGAAACAAGAGCUUAAAGGCUCAUAGCUUGCACC